UUUUAUACUUUUCUAAUAAUUAAUUAUCGAAACAUGUAACACGAUUGAAAUAAUUAAUAAAAGAAUACUGUUGAACUAUAUUAAUUAUGGGCAAAGACGUUAGUCCACCGAGAAAUAGAUCGAAUAAGCGUAGACGAUCGUCAUCACAAGAAAAAUAUAACUCUAGAAAGUUUAAAAAAUCUGGACCUAGUACAUCACUUUCGACACCUGAACCAGCAGAUUUUAGUUUUACCAAUUACAAGCGAGAUUUAAAUAAAAUAAUUCGCUAUAGCAGUGACAGUAACACGGUGGUUAAUGACCUUGAUGAUUUUUGGGUAUUUUUGAAGAAGUAUGAGGCUACUUUGAAGAAAGCCGGUAAACCUUUAUUAGCAACUGAAUCGAAUCUAAAUGAAUUAAAUGAUAUUGGCGUGCCAGUACAUUAUUCAAAAUUACACUACAUCAAUUUCGUUACUGCUAUAAAAUAUGUGGAUAUAGUUUCUGAUGACAGUGGGAGAAGAAAAUUGGAUAAGGAAUUAUUCAAAGUAUUUUUAAAUAUUGUUUCCAUUUAUAUAGAUUUUAAGAAUAAAGAGAAGUUUGAAAAGCUUAAGAAACUAAGACAGACACAAAGGGAUUUGCCUGUGGCUGCUUACAGAAAUGAAAUAGUAUCAGCUGUAAAAAAUGAAAGAGUUGUAAUUGUGGCUGGUGAUACAGGUUGUGGAAAGUCAACACAAGUCCCGCAAUAUUUAAAUGAAGCAGGCUUUCAGAAUAUUGCUUGCACUCAACCUAGAAGAAUAGCCUGUGUAUCAUUAUCAAAAAGAGUGGCCUAUGAAAUGCUAUCACAGUUUGAAACUAAGGUGGGAUAUCAAAUUAGAUUUGAGAAGAGUCGCACUGCAGACACAAAUAUAUGUUUUAUUACCGAAGGAUUGUUAUUGAGACAGAUGUCAUCAGAAACCCUGCCAAACUAUGAUGUAAUUAUUUUGGAUGAAAUUCACGAAAGACAUUUAAUGGGUGACUUCUUAUUGGGUGUGCUCAAAUGCCUAAUACACAGUCGGAAUGACAUUAAAUUGGUGCUCAUGUCGGCCACUAUAAAUAUAAAAUUAUUUGAAGAUUACUUCUCUGCUGAAUCUGCAGUGGUUAUUCAAGUUCCAGGUCGACUAUAUCCCAUAGAAUUAAAUUACAAACCAAUAUUUAUUGAAGAGAAACCCACACGAGAUGAUAGACUUGAUCCUCAGCCGUAUGUUCAGAUUAUGCAACUUAUUGACAGCAAAUAUCCAAGUGAUGAACGAGGCGAUCUCCUUAUAUUCAUGUCUGGUGUGCAAGAAAUCACGGCGAUAUGCGACGCAGCACAGCAGUAUGCUGAGAAAACGAAGAACUGGAUAGUGUUACCUCUUCACAGUGGUUUGUCACUGGCGGAACAAGAUAAAGUAUUUGAUUAUCCACCAGAAGGUGUUAGGAAAUGUAUAGUUUCCACAAAUAUAGCUGAAACUUCAGUCACCAUCGACGGUAUAAGAUUCGUUGUCGAUUCCGGAAAGGCUAAAGAAAUGAGUUAUGAUUCGACAACAAAAAUGCAGAGAUUGAAAGAAUUUUGGAUAUCAAAAGCAAGCGCGGAUCAGAGGAAGGGGCGCGCUGGACGGACGGGGCCUGGCGUAUGCUAUCGUAUAUAUUCCGAGCAACAAUACACGGAUCUGGAGCCGUUCAGUACACCCGAAGUGUCCAGGGUACCGUUGUCAUCUCUUCUCUUGUUGAUGAGUUCGUUGGGAGUCAAUGACGUCAGACGGUUUCCGUUUAUCGACACGCCGCCAGAGGACGCUGUGGAAAAUGCGCUGUUAGAGUUAAAACAACACGGUGCUUUGAGCUUUAACGAGAAGUUGACGUCACUAGGCAAGGCCCUAGCCAGUUUGCCAGUAGAAGUGUGUCUUGCCAAAGCGUUGGCUGUAGGCGCCGCUACACUGCCCCCUCACAAGCGAGACUCCGCCCUCGCCCUUACAGCAGCGCUGGGGAUCCGGUCCAUUUAUACCACAAGGGCACAUAGAGAUUUUGAAUGUGAAAAUGCGCGUAAGCCCGAGGAGUCAGACCACGGGGAUCCCAUAACCCUUCUGUCGCUAUACUGUGCGUGGCUCACUGUGAAGGCGGACAGUCGCGGCGGUCGGGCGUGGUGCAAGCGAAGAGGCAUCGAGGAACAGCGGCUGUAUGAACUCACCAAGCUGGCCGCGCAGUUACGGAGUUUACUGCAGGACAAUAAUUUGAUGGAGUCCAUAGAACCGGAGGCUAUGUCUUCAACGGAGAGGGCACUACGUCACGGCCAGUUAAAACAGCUGAAAGAUAUGCGAAGACAAUACAAACAAAAAGCAGCAGAGGAAUCGAAACGCAAGAAACGCCUCAAAGUUGACUCUUGGGAGAUCGUAGACGACAAGGAUCAUGAAAACGAUGCCAUAGACAUCCGGGAUAUAGAGUUCCGGAUGACGAAUGACGCCGCCCGGAUACGAGCUCUAAUAUCAGGAUCUAGCGCGUCUAGUGGACGAGAUCUUAUUAUGUUGAAGGUGGUUUUAUGUCGAGCCCUGUAUCCUCAAAUUGCUGUAGCAGAUGACUUCAAUUACUGUAAGUCAAGCGCCGAACAACUAUAUCAUACUUGGAGUAAACCAUUCGUGUUCCUACAUCCUACUUCGUACUUUGGGAAACAGCCGAAAGUUCUGCAGCUCACCGAUGCGGACAUUCAAACAGACACGCCGGCUGGGUUUAAGAGCAGACUGCCAUUGUCGAAUAGACAUCAAGUGUUAUGUUAUUUAUCACUAUUGGAAACAACUAAACCAUACAUAGUGAACUCCAUGAGGAUGCCCGCUGCACAAACAUUGUUACUGCUGGCACAUUCCAUUGACACCAAUAUGGGUUGCACAAGGAUUGUGUGCGACUCAUGGUUGUUAUUGGAGUUUCCAUAUCCUGAAACGGGAUUGAACCUGUUACUGAAAGCGGCCAAGUUAAGACAAAGAUGGGAGGCGCUUAUUAAUCGCCGGCUUGCAGAUGCUAGUCCAAACAAAUCAGUCGAGAACGAACUUCAGAAACAAAACUCUAAACUGCCAUAUGAAGAGUUACAGCAUCAGUUGUCCUGCGAUAUUAGUUCUUAUAUGACCAGCGACGUAUAUUACACGAUCAAGAGGCUCAUGCCCGGUGAUCUGAAGGUGAUAUACUGCGGGGCAGAUGAAGCACACGCAAAUGUGGACCCUAAUCCGUUCGAAGAAGGCUUCGAAUGCCAUCCCCAUGAGAAAAAAGGAGGAGUUUAUGUUACCGACAAUAUUGUUUAUAAUUGCGUUAUGGAUACGGACUGGAGCUACAACAUCUACGAAGAAACAUACAGCCUCCCAUGGUCAUGUCCGGACUGUAGCAUAACAUUGUGCCUUUCACCCCUAGAAAGACUGCAGCAUAAACAGUUCACAUGCUCUUCUAGAACGGAGCAGAAGGAACCGGAACCGUCGCGAGCGCCAAGGGAAAAUAAGCCCAAUGCCAAAGAAUAUAAAUGUGACAUUUGCAACGAUACAUUAUAUAUGACGCCUGUUGAAAUAUUAAAACACAAGAAGAGUUGCAAAAUAAAAUAAAUAUUUUUGUUUAA